UCAGCGCUCUACUUCUACGAGCGUGUCCUUACGUUUGGGCAAGAAGUGGAUCUCAUAUGGCGGCGCGAAAGGAUCGGAAUUGCUGUGCCUACGUUCUACGUGACCUUGCAUGCAGCCAUGGCCCUGUUCUUGCUUCUAAACAUAGCGCCUCCUAAUGCUCUUAUUGUCAUGUGCUUGACCUGCUCAGAUCUCGCAUCGUCAGUGAUUUCUGCAGUGCGUAUCUAUGCGAUCAAUGGCAAACGCUACGCCGUGCCGUUGACCAUCAUGGCACUUUCGUUUGUGCCCAUUGCGGUGAACAUUGUAUGUAUCCCAUUUGCAGGGGAGAUCGCUACUCGGAUCAGUCUCGUCGCCGCCGACGCUCUCGUUUUACUGUCUACCUGGCGCAUCACAGGUGGUGUGCGGAAGCUUGCACAGGGCGUCGACAUCAAGCUAUCUAUUACUGUGCUUCUACUUAGAGAUGGUAUGUAUUUGUCGGGCAUGAAUGGUCACGUUGACUACUAA